CCAUUCACACAAAGUUUGGCUCCAUCGCAGCAGAGCUAGGGGGCGGCCCGGUCCGGCCCAGCUCUGCCCCCGGCCCGGCCCGGCCCUGGCUCCGGCCCCCGGUCCCGGCCCAACCCUUAUCUGAUCUACUCGUCUAGUUUAAGAGCGGGGCCCCGCCCGUCACAGAGCUCCGCUCCUCUCCUCUCUCCAGCCCGCCCCAUCAGUCAAGCCUUCUGUGCGUCCUCUCGGCCACCCGGUCCGAGGUGUCUCCCUGCCCAGGACUUAAGCAUGUGCACCCACUCCUCUGUGACCUCCUCUACUCCACCCACUCCACCCUCCCAUCCCCCAGCUGCUUAGGACUGAUCUCCCCACCCGCAACUGCAGGCAGCUGUCUGUGUGAGGGGGAGCAGUGGGACCACUGAAGACUCCAAAAACAAGCUGGGAAAAAUGAUCCACUGAAGGAGACAAGAUGACUUCGGUUGCAAAGGUGUACUACAGCCAGACCACCCAGACAGAGAGCCGGCCCCUGAUGGGCCCGGGGCUGCGCCGCCGGCGGGUACUGACUAAGGAUGGCCGCAGCAACAUUCGCAUGGAACACAUCGCGGACAAGCGCUUCCUCUACCUCAAGGACCUGUGGACCACCUUCAUUGACAUGCAGUGGCGCUACAAGUUGUUAUUAUUCUCGGCCACCUUUGCAGGCACCUGGUUUCUCUUUGGUGUGGUGUGGUACCUAGUGGCUGUGGCCCAUGGAGACCUGCUGGAGCUAGAGCCUCCCACUAACCACACGCCCUGUGUAGUGCAGGUGCACACGCUCACAGGUGCCUUCCUCUUCUCCCUUGAGUCACAGACCACCAUUGGCUAUGGGUUCCGCUACAUUAGUGAAGAGUGUCCGCUGGCCAUUGUCCUCCUCAUUGCCCAGCUGGUGCUCACCACCAUCUUGGAGAUCUUUAUCACCGGCACCUUCCUGGCCAAAAUUGCCCGGCCCAAGAAGAGGGCUGAGACCAUCCGCUUCAGUCAGCACGCUGUGGUGGCCACACAUGAUGGCAAACCCUGCCUCAUGAUCCGUGUUGCUAACAUGCGCAAAAGCCUCCUCAUUGGCUGCCAGGUGACAGGUAAGCUGCUCCAGACUCAUUUAACCAAGGAAGGGGAGAGCAUCCGGCUCAAUCAAGUCAAUGUGGCCUUCCAGGUGGAUACAGCCUCUGACAGCCCAUUCCUCAUCCUGCCCCUUACAUUCUACCAUGUGGUGGAUGAAUCCAGCCCUCUACGUGACUUGCCCCUGCGCAGUGGUGAGGGGGACUUUGAGCUGGUUCUGAUCCUCAGUGGGACAGUGGAAUCUACCAGCGCCACCUGCCAAGUACGUACAUCCUACUUGCCAGAAGAGAUCCUCUGGGGCUAUGAAUUCACACCUGCCAUCUCACUCUCAGCCAGUGGCAAGUAUGUGGCUGACUUCAGCCUCUUUGACCAGGUCGUAAAAGUGACGCCUCCUGGCUGCCUCCGAGAUACCACUGUCCGUUAUGGGGACCCUGAGAAGCUCAAACUAGAGGAAUCAUUCCGGGAACAGGAAGGAAAGGAGGGCAGUGCCCUCAGUGUACGAAUCAGCAAUGUCUGACUGAUAUGACUCCCACUUCCCUCCCCCCUUCUGGCCAGAGGAGAUAUUCUCUGGUUCUACCUUCCCCCCUGUCUCAUGCUUGUUCUCUCUCUCCCAGCUCCCAGGUUCCUUGGAGAGAGUCCCAGGAUCACCCUUCUCAUAAUCCCAUCUCCCUCCACCCCAGUGGCCUAUCAUUUGCUUAGGCCAGCCUGAGGGAAUGGUCCCUCUUUGGAGUCUGAGUCCCACCUCUGAGCCAAGGUUUGGGGUAUUUGGGACACAGCAGACUGGGCUGAGGAAGAAUAGGAAUUCUCAGCUAUUACUGGAGAUUCCAUAAGAGAACUUUGAAGUUGGAUGGAUGGAUAAACUCUGCUCCAUUUAUGAAGCUUGGUGCCUUAAGGAUGGAGGACUUUCCUUUUCUACCUUCACACCCAGCUAGUUCCCUGAGAUCAAGCUCUCUCUGCUGGUCACUCUGGGAAUUACACUCUUAGAUAUGUCUGAUACUGGGACCUGGCAGUGGAUAAAGCAACAACCUUUCAUGGUAUCUCUGCUGAACCGCAACAGAGUACACUACUUUCUCUUCACAAUUCCCCAAGUGGAACUUCUCCCUAUGUCCCAGAUCCGACUUGUUCCUCUUUUACUACCUUUGUCCCCAGAGAUUGGAAUUGAUCAUAAUAAAUGACCACAACAUGUAGUCCUACCACAAUCAUAUAUUCAUAAGAGUUUAAAAUUCUUUAAAUUGAGGAUCACUGGGAAAGAAAAAUUGUCCAAAUUUCAGGUGCUUCUCUACCUAGGUUACUCAAGGUGUUCUGUGAGAGGUCUGACCUUGGUCACUACAUUCUACAAAGAAAGAUUCAGGUGUCUGAACCCUUAGGAAAGGGUCUAAGAUGAUGUUUCAGACAGAAGCUAUACCUAGGUAUCCCCCUUCUAACCAGUUUGUUCAACGUCCCUUUUCCCCUUACUACACUGGCUCUAUUUCCCAAGAUGAAUGGGAAAUAAAGAGGACUUUUCUUUAUUCUUUGCUACAACGAGGACCAGUUCUCAGGGCCCAGAAGCUCUAGUAGAAUUGGACAAAAAUCCCACCAUGUGGGAAGUUUUCUAUAAGUCAGGCUUUUGGGUUGAGCUUCUAGGGUAUGCUGCCUUCAAGGAACUGGUGAUUUGCUGUUGGAGGACUGGACAGAAACUCGCAUCUACUAUGGGAAGUCACUAUUACCACUCUCAGUCACCUGUACUCUUCUGAAAAAUACAAGUUCCCAGGCCAUUAGGUAAAUACCUGAAUGCUCGUGGGAAGAAGAACAUGACAUUCCUGGGGUCCAGAAGAAAACGAAAGAGGCUCUCCCUUGUCCCAACUCCACUGUUUGCCCAGAACGCAGUCCCAGAUGAUCAGUGAGCAAGUAUUCUCAAAGGGACAAGACUGGAUUACUUGGAUGAGAUCCAAGGAAAGCAGUGUAACGCAGUAGAAAGAAUGUGAGAUUUGGAGUCAAGGGACCUGGGUUCAAAUUCUGGUUCUGCCCCUUAUUGCCUUUGUAAUCUGGAGCAAAUCAUUUAAACUCUCUGGGUCUCAGUUCCCUCAUCUGCAAAUCAUGUGAACUAACUGACCUUGAAAGUCUCUUUUAGCUCCAUAUAUGAUCCAUUCUCUGGCAGAGACCAAGUUGAACAGACAGUGAAGUUUUUUGCCUAAAGAAAGUCUCCAUAUCCAUGGAGGAUAGUCUUAUCGGCAGGUAACAAGGACACAUUUUGCAGGAUUCUUGUAGAGUAUCAUUAAAUGAGGUAGUUGAGAGAAAGCAACUCUCUGUUGUUUAUAUAAUAAGCCUAUGGCCAGAAAUCACAUCCCAACCUAAAAUGUGUUUGCAUUUAAAUGUUCCUAUAUGUAUAUGCUCAUUCUAUAGCCUUGUAAACAGGCUCAAAACAUCUCCAGGUUAGCCUCAGAAUCACAAACUGACCACAUGUGUGUUAAGUUCCACCCAAGAAGAGCCUUUUGAACUUGGCUAAUCCCACCUGCCAAGUAGAGAUUGAUACCACGUCCCCAUCAAUCUCUGCUUAUAAUAAACCCAACUAGAGGCCCCUGGCCUAAGUGGAGUUUAGACAGAGAUGAAGCUUACAGAUACUUGAAAGCCUUCCACAGGGACCAGAAGGGAAAGAGCCAUCUGCUAGAUUUUUCCUUCUUGGAAUCGACUUCCCUGAUUUCUUCUGUAUAUAUCUAUAUACAGAACAGGACUCAUACACACUGACAUAUAAUGUCCAUAUCUAUAUGUUAUACCUAACCAGUCCCCAUCCAUCUGGUUUCUUCUGCACAUAGCUGCCACCUCCUUAUAUGAGUCAUUUCUCCUCCCUCCCUCCACUCCCUUAGUCUUAAUUUCUCAGACUUCCAGACUUUUUGGACAACUGGCAAACUUAGAGAAAUUGCCUGGAACCCAAUUCACUGACUUCUCUAUUAUCCCUAUUUGUGUCUUGCCCCCACGUCCUGAUCUCCCUGUAUAUUGCACUUUAUCUGACAUGUUCUCCUUUGGUCUGGUCUGGAACCCAUAUGCCAGGGACUCCCACUCUCCUCCCCAACCCUGAAUGCCUUCAACAAAGGGCUGUCUCUGUCCCCAGAUGAGACACUUCUCUUCUAAACUAUGAGAUGUGCCUAUAAGUAUGGACAGUUCUUAAGGAAAGGGACUACAUCUCUACUAACCAUUAUCCAAGAAUGUGGGGGGAAAGGGAGAGAGAAAGUUAAGACUGCGGAAGGGGGAUGUUUCUGAGGAUGGCCUGGUAACCCAUGGAGGGGGGUCCUUGAAGUGUCUGGGGAAGAAGACAGAAGAAAAUAGUGGUAUAGAGGGAACCCACGGAAAUCCACAAAACCUUUAUGCAUUACCAUUCACCUAAUUACAUCACUAAACACCUUAGGUAAGAGAAAAAGGUGUAGGCAGGAUUUGGGGGGGAGAGGUCACAUGACAUGUAUAGAAGAUUUACCUAUGGAAGAGAGAAAAAAUAAUAUAUAUAUAUAUAAUAUAUACAUAUAUGUAUUGUAAAUAUGUAUACAGAAAAGUGCACAGAGAGCAUACAGUGAGAAACUGAUAAAGGGUGGGACUGGGGGAGGGGUGGAUGGGAUGCCCAGAUUCUGUCUCAUGAUGGUCACUGGUUUUGAUCACAGUCUAGAGUUGGGAGAUUUGCUCUGAGGUCUAUGGAGACUGAGAAAGGUUAGAUCUUGUUGGAAAUAAAGAAGCAUUUGUUGUGUGUGAUAUUCAGAAAACUAAUCAUUCCCUACAGCCUAGCACUGCUGCUAGAACCCACAUGGGGUCUACUGGUGGGUAGGGGAAGAUGCAGAGAAAAUAAGAAAGGACUCUUCAGGAAGAGGAGUUUUUUUGGUUCUUAUUCUCAGUAUAGAAGCUCAGUCUGGUGGAAAACUUCUUAGCUCUGUUUCUGAAUCCUAGCUUUUGGCUUCUAGACCACAUAUCCUCCUCCUCUUUCUUUUUUUAAAAUACAGUCCAAUCCAACUUGUCCCUCUCGGUAGUCUUUAUUCUUUUAAAUUCACAGGGUGAUGGCAACUAUAGCCUGAGCUGUUAGGAGUAAUGACUAUCAUAUUGGAGCCCUACCACUGAGAUUCCAUCUUGGCCUCCUUAUCAUAUAAGCUGGGGGGGCAAUAGGGUGGGGUGGGAGCAGGGGAGCUGUGGUAAAAGGAUUCUGACUCAUCUCCCUGGGUCCCUCAUUCCAAUUCUCCAAUGCAGGGUCAGUGGGCUGCUACUUCCAAUGGUACUCCUAAGAUAAAUGCUUAGGUAUCUGUCUAAAUGCUGGUUAAAAGCAGCACUUAGGAGAAGAAUGUCCCCAAGGGCAAGUAGGCCUGCCUAUCAUGAGUAGAUCAUCCUAUCAUGAGUGAUAAUGCUUUAUUUCUGUAUAGUUAGGAUGAGAGGAUAGAAUUGCUUUAAAGGAUAGCCAGCUGUAUCGUUCACACUCCGAUUAUUCCCCUCAGUGUCUCCCAAAUCUAAUGAGACCACCUGGGGAUUUCAUAUGUGGCCUGAAGAAAAGGAAGAGGUUACCUACAACUCCCCCAUCCUGCAUGGCAGGAAUACUAUUCUCUUCCCCAGCCUGCUACCCUAAUCCUCCCUCACUUGGUUUAUCUAGUUUAUAAAGUAACAUAUGCUGCCUUCACUGUAAAGCUAGCUUGGGCCUUUGGCCCAGUAAUGUCCCAUUGUACUGAACCAGAAGUAUCUAGGAAAAGGUGUUUCCAUUCAUUGCUCUAAAAACUAAACCAGGUCAGAUUUAUCCAGGAAAAAGAUGCUUGAGUAUUUUUUUUUCUGUACAGAAUAAGCUACUAAAUAAAAUGUUUCAUCACCA